GGGGCACAGCAGUCCACCGGCCCAGUGCUCAAUGCACCUUGGUAUUACUCAAUCGUACUUUGCAUGAUCAUAUUGACUUUUCCUGCGUGAAUUGACUGGCCAUUUCGCUUGGCGUGUCGACAUACAGGCACUCACCUGAUCCGCGCCUCACACCAUAUCCAACACCAACCAACACCACGAGGACAGAAAUGUACGGACAUUGCCGGCGCGGUGACAUGCCCAGAGGAGCAACACCACGUGUUUGUUGAUGAGGGCUAAAUGGGCCCAGCAAACCUGGUGAGCUUUUCGUGUGCCGAUAUAUAGUUGGCAGCCACACAAAGGUAGGGGAGGGCGCGAUGCAAUGUCGACAACGAAUUAGAACCCCAAUCGAUAUACAACUUUUUCUGGUCAAACGAAAUCCUCCCACAAAACACCAACCAUGAGGUUCAGGACACGGGAACUGGACUUGGUCAGGGCUCUCGAUGAGACCUUCCUGCGAAUUGCCGAAAUCGGCCUGCGUGUCCUAGAAGGCGCCUGGUCCAUCAUCAUCAUCGGCUUCGUCGCGGCCGUCAUGAGCGGUCUAUCAGACGCAGAUGCAGACGUGCCGCGGAAAGCGACGGCGACGGUGGUCAUAGCCUGCAUCUGCACCGUCUACUCGGGCAUCACAAUCCUGCCCAUGUUCUUCGGCGGGGCGCUGUUCUUUUCGGUUUCGUUGGUUUUCGAUAUCCUCUUCGUGGCCGCCUGGGCCACUCUGAUCGGCCUUUGGGAUGGCGACGCCACGGACUCCUGCCGCGCCUUCAAGACCAAAUACUUCGACGGCCAGCCGUCAAAGGCGCAUUUCCAGACCGACUGCGAGCUGGUCAAAGCCAUGUUUGCGUUCAUGAUUGUCAAUCUCGUAUCCUUUCUGGGAUCAGCGGUGAUCGCAUUCUGUCUGCGCCUCAUCGAACUCGACUAUGCCAUGAGCUGGAGAGUGCCUCCACUGGUGGACAAAUUCGACAAGCGGGGAAGACAAGCACACUGUAGCUGCUGCACGCACAACGCGAACAAUCCUUCGCCGCAGCGGACCUCCACUGCAGAGAGUACCGCACCAUUGGUAUAACGAUAAGGAAAGGCUCGGUGUCUUUGACAUUGCUUUUGUUUUGGCUUGGGUUGGCGAAAGGAAAAAGCGUGGCUCUGCGCGGGAACAGUGGUUUGCUCAUGGGUGGCAAGAGAUGUAUUGGCGUUGGUGCAAACGAAACCAGACGGCGGCGGAAACCCUUCAUUUUCCUCCCAUUGUGGCUGCCCAGUGUAGUAAUACUGUAAUACUAUUGCUUUGGUCUAUCAUUCGGACGAGUUAUGGUGUAGCGACAGCGGCGCUCUUGCGGCGGUGGUCGGCCCCCCUUGAAUGCAAAGUCCUGGGCCUGCGAGAGCCAGCUACGCACAACUCUUCCGCCCCAGCAGGUACACGGGCAUGACAUGAAAUGACAUGUGGGCGACAACAACAUCCAGCUCGGCAUCGACUCGACUCGGCACGGGCCCGAACAGGCCGUCGACGCUGGGCACCUUAUUGUAGAUUGCAAUCAAAGAUCCAAGAAGAAACAUUGAUAUUUGAAUAGUUUUUCAUGAUUUUUUUGGCGACUUCUUCAUCUUUGAAACUAAGAGGGU